CCCUCCUCCUCCUCCUCCUCCUCUGUCUCCACGGCAGCAAUCUCCUCUUCUCUCCUCUCCUCUCCUCUCUUCCUCGCACAGCUAGCCGGAGCCUGCAGCCACAACCCACCAACACAAGUGCAGGAUGCUCAUGACCGUCGUGCACAUGGACUCCACCCACGGUCACGGACCAUCCUCCUCCUCCGCGACCUCGCCCCCGCCAUGGCUCCCACCCAACCACCACCUCCUCCUCCACGACUUCCCGACCUCCUCCGCUCCCACCCCCUCCGCGCCGCCUCCCGCGACUGCCGCCGCGCCGUCGCGCCACCACCCCUUCCGCUCCGCCCCCUCGUCCCGCCGCGCCGCCAAGCGCCGCCCGCGCCCGUCGCGGCGGCUGCCCACCACCUACAUCCGCGCCGACCCCGCCAGCUUCCGCCGCAUGGUCCACCAGGUCACCGGAGCCGAAGGCCUGCCCUUCCCGCCGCCGUCCGAGGCCCUCCACCGCCAGGCGCCCGCCCGCGCCUCCUCGGCUGGAGCUGGCGCGCUGGUGCUGCCCACUCUGGACACGUCGGCGUUCCUGAUCGGUACAAGGACAGGGACGAACGCGGCGGCUCUGGAGGCGGAGGCUGGUGCUCCAGGUGGGUCUUCCGGCAACGGUGGCUUCCCGACCUUGGAGUCUUGGGACGCUGCUCUCUUCUGAAAUCUUCCUCUGCUCCGCAGUCUGCACGCCAUGAACGAUGCUUUCUUUCUUUGUAAGCUCGAGGAGCGAUUGCGAUGAUCGACCAGAGACAUCGUUCGAUCGACAAGCAUCUUGGUUGAUCACUCUCUGCUGUUAUAUGGUUUUUGAGCUUGCCUUCUUGCUCUCGUACCAAUCGAUUUUGAUUUGGAGCGAUUGCGAUGAUCGAUCAGAGACAUCGUUCGAUCGGCAAGCAUCUUGUUUGAUCACUCUCUGGUGUUAUAUGAUUUUUGAGCUUGCGUUCUUGCUCUCGUACCAGUCAAUUUUGACUCGGAGCUACCUAGACCCUACGACACGUUCAGCUGAAGCCAAAUUGAGAAAUAAUUAUGAGAUCCAUUUGGACCGUCUUAGUACUAACCCAGUCGUAUCUUGGCUGACAGUUUGCCACGUAUAUGCUGCAUCACUCACUGAGAAAAAGUGGUUUCUAUUUCGGAUUAUUUCUUUUUCAAUAAGAUUUAAUCUUCUUUUUAAGCCCCAAACGGUCGAAUAUUCCUGUAUUCUUUUCUAUUUUAACUCACUGUAUUUCAUAUGGAAUAAGAAGGAAAAGUAUUCC